UAGAAAGACUGUUAUUCAUACAAUACCAUAUAAACACUCUUUCUCUCUUUGGAAGUUAUAGGCAAAGAUGACGCUUCUUGUAUUCACAAUAACCACCUCAGUGCUCACCUUAUUCUUAGCCUUCAUCUUUCAUGCAAUCCUCUACUCCCCCAUUUCUCCUCAACCCCUUCUCAUUCCAUCCUCUCAACCUCCAUCCUCCAACAACAUCUUGCAGAAAGUGGAGAAGUUGGGAGAAGGAGAGUUACUUGGUCCAGAGGAUGUUGCAAUUGGAAAAGAUGGUGAUUCAUUGUUUUUAUACACUGUUACUAGAGAUGGUUGGCUGAAGAGGAUGCACUCCAAUGGAACUUGGGAGAGUUGGAAGAUGAUUGGAGGUGAUGGCCUUCUUGGCAUCACUGUUUCUAUGGAUGGAGGUUUUCUUGUUUGUGAUGCUCAUAAGGGAUUAUUGAAGGUGGCAGAAGGAGGGGUGGUGGUUCUUGCCUCUCAAGUGGAUGAUGAUGGCUCUCAAAUCAGGUUUGCUGAUGCUGUCAUUGAAGCAAAGGAUGGGAGUAUAUAUUUCAGUGAUGCUAGCACCAAGUUUGGGUUCCAUGAAUGGUAUCUUGAUGCUCUUGAAGCAAGGCCUCAUGGCAGGCUUCUCAAGUUUAAUCCUCACACCAACACCACCUCCAUCCUUGUCUCUCAACUUUACUUUGCCAAUGGUGUUGCUCUUUCAAAGGAUCAAGAUUUCCUGCUUGUUUGUGAGACUUUCAGGUUUAGGUGUAUGAGAUAUUGGUUGAAAGGAGAAUUGGAAGGCAAAUUGGAUGUUUUCAUUGAUAACCUUCCUGGAGCUCCAGAUAACAUCAAUCUUGCCCCUGAUGGAUCUUUCUGGAUUGCUCUUCUUCAGUUAAGACGGAGAGGAUUAGAUUGGAUUCACAAAUGGAGCUUGGUUAAGAAGAUGAUAUCGGUGCACCCAAGUCUUGUUGAGAUGCUAAAAGGAUCCGCGUAUAGAAGAGUCAUGGUGGUGAAUGUGGCUUCCAACGGUACGUUCAUUAGCGCACUUGAUGAUUCUACCGGUCGGAUUAUGUCUUUUGUUACUUCCGCACUUGAGUUUGAUGGCCAUCUUUAUUUCGGAAGUCUUCACAACAAUUUCAUUGGGAAAAUUAUCUUUAGAUUAAUAUAUCAUUAAAUGUACUUUUAAAAUUCUUAAUAAUGAUGUUUAUUUUAUUACAUUUUGAAUGUUAAAAAUAUUCUUAGUUAUUAAUAAAUAAAAAUUAGGCACACAUUUGUCUAAUGGAAAUACCAAAAGAGGAAAGGAGCAAUGUAACUUAAUUAUGAUUAAUACUUUCUCGUGUUUUUUUUUUA